GUGGUGUGUAGCGUUGAUAAUCACAUGUUCGUGCUGCACAGGGCGGACCGGAUACUUCAGUUCGGCUUAUUCGGCAGGCGUAUGGCUAGCACAUCCUUCGUUAAAGAAGGCUCUGCGGAAGUCCUGCUCCCAGAUGCCGUGUUCUACAACCCUGUACAAGAAUUUAACAGAGAUCUUACAAUAGCUGUGGUAAAUCAGUAUGAAAAAUUGUACAGAAGAGAAACUAUUCUGAAAAUGAAGAGCAAAACGAAUGAGUUUCCUAGUCUUCCUUGUGGUCUAAAAAUAUUAGAGGCAUUAGCAGCAUCAGGAAUCAGGUCUAUUAGAAUGGCUCUCGAGGUUUCGAAUGUAUCUAGUAUUAUUGCCAAUGAUCUUAGUCCAGAGGCUGUUGUUUUGAUACAGAAGAAUGCAGCUCAUAAUAAUGUAACUAAUAUUGUUAAUACAGCCUGCAGUGAUGCUGUCGACCUAAUGUAUCAACAUCGGCUGUCAGAUAAAAGGUUUAAUGUGGUUGAUAUUGACCCGUUUGGAACAGCAAGUCCGUUUUUAGACUCAGCCGUUCAGUGUUUACAUAAUGGUGGACUUCUUUGUGUUACUUCAACAGAUAUGGCUGUUUUGUGUGGAAGCACUCCUGGAACUUCAAUGGGAAAAUAUGGUGGAAUGGCCAUCAAAACAGGCUCAACACAUGAAGUUGAAAAUUCCGAACUCAUUAGUGAUUAUAUGCACUAA